AUGACAGAAACGCAAGCUAUCUUCGCAAAUGAUGUAGAAGAUGGUGACUCUGGGGUAGAACCAGGGGAUGCUUCGUCAGUUUCUAAUAUAGAGGUUGGAUCGCUUGUUGAGAUUAGAAGGAGUUCCAUAUAUGCACAUGGUGUAGUCUUGGGCCAUUCGUAUAUGAACGGCCGCAUGUGGCAUCUCUCCUUGAUCAGUACAGGCGAAGUCAUUCAGCAUGUCGAGUCAGAUGUGUACAUCGAGGUCCCUCGCAUAGCUGACAGGGACCUUGCCCUCCGCGCAGGCACCAGCGCAACCCCAAUGGACCGCACAGAGACUAAUGCGCGGGUUGAAAUCCUGAAGUACCUACGGGAGGCCGAGAGAGAAAUAAACAAGGCAUUCAUGGUCAUUGGGAGGAAGAACGCAGCGCUAUAUCCCCACGUACGGGCGAAGCACCCAGACGAGUGGGGGUCCGUCAGUCUUUCAGAGGCUGCGAAGCUAGUAUGCGAUUAUAGACCGGAAAGCUGGCCGACUCUUUUCGCAACGCAUAAAUAUAUCAUGGGUCGCCCAAUCGAAUUUGUGCCGCACAUGCAGUCUCAGAGACUUGCGCUCACGUACGAUGUGCGGCCAGAAAACCAUGUUGUUAAACUGCAGAGAGUCGUGGAUAUGGUGCGGCAAAGAAGUCCGGAACUGGAGGCGUUUAUCGAGAAAGCUCGGGGCCUCAUUCUUACUGCCAGAGAGAAGGCUAGCGAGUCGUGGGAUGAGCCUCCCAGCAGAGUUGUCGUAAAGGAUGUCACAUUUUCCACAGACGAUCGCACCAUCCUUGAUGUCUUGCACCUUGCAUUACGCAGGACGCGUAGCACUUGUAUUGAUCCCUUUUCUGGAGUGGUCACAUCCAUCAUCAAGAGGAUUGGCUUGCAUGCUCAUAAGAUGGUGGACGACGUGUGUCUGCGGCAGUUCCUGAUAGAGAUGGGGGAGAUGGCCCCUUGGGAGGAUAUCGUGACCCAGAGGAAGGAGCUGAAUCUGGACCUGACUCCAGACGAGGAGUCGCAGCGUACCAGAGAUGAGCACGCUCUUGUCCAAAGGAGCCUGUCUUUGCUGCGACCCUCGCGGGCGAAGGGAAAGCAACCAUUAGGACUGGAAGACUUCUAUGAUCGUGAUCCCGUCGAGCAUUUGCGACACGACUUCGGAAGCUUACCAGUCUACGUGAUUGACGAUGUGAGCGCAGAAGAGCUGGACGACGGCUUGUCGGUGGAACCUGUUCUUAACGAGCCUGGUUCGGCUUGGAUACACGUCCACAUUGCAGACCCUACUGUUAUCCUUCCACCGACUCAUAUUAUCUCAGAGGCAGCACGUCGAAUGGGCUCUUCUGCAUACUUCAUCCACAGGACAUGGCCUAUGCUACCUCCCUCCCUUACCCAUGACCGACUAAGUUUGGGCUCGCAUUCUCGGAAGGGAGAGCCUGAACCUGUCCUUACAUUCAGCUUCAAGAUAAACGCUGAAGGCAGCAUGGUCGACUACGAUGUUAAAGCCGGUCUCAUUCGCAACGUCAAAAGAGUCGACUAUGAUAGUGUGGAUCGACUUCUUGGAAACGGAGGUGUUCAAUUUGGUUACCCAUUCGGAGCACCCCAAACCCCUGAAAUCUCCCAUGUACCUGUACUUGAAUCAAAAGAUGUGGAGAAUAUGCGUCUCAUGGACGACUUGACGCGCAAGUUCCGACAGCGUAACCGCCAGACACUAAAUCCAUUCGUAUUCUCAGCUCCAUCGGGUACUCUUGUGGCUACUGCAAAACCAAUCCGCGGCGCUCCGACAACACCAGCUUGGAACGCUUCGUAUUAUCGUGGCUUCCCUAACCUUACCUAUCAAGUGUACUCUCAGAAGACAAUGGAGCGCGGCUCGCGGUUGCUUGUUGCCGACUGCAUGAAAACAGCAUCUCGCGUUGCUUCACGGUGGUUCGCCGCAAAGGGAGUGCCGAUGUUGCGUCGUUCUGCACGGCCUCCGAUAGCCCUCGAGGAUAACAGAGAUAUUGAGAGGCUACUUGCUAGAAUGGAUGAGGAUGGAUUUGUGGAUCACACGGAGCUUCUCCAGACGAAAUUGCACAUUCCACCUGUCGAGUAUAUCCUUAAGCCAGGCAUGCAUUGGUCCAUGGGUAUCCCGGAAGGGGAAGGUUAUGUGCGCGUCACAUCACCGCUACGACGGUACAACGAUCUAGUUGCGCACUGGCAGAUCAAGGAUGUACUGCUUCGACCGAAGGCAUCUACGCGUCCAUUCACUCCCGGGUGGCUCACUACCUACGCCACCGAGGUACUUGAGUACGAGAAGCUUUGGAAGCAUAGCGAUCGGAGUCAUCGCAUGCAGUGGACACUCAUGUACAUCAAGCGCUUCCUUGACCACCCGAACCCUCCCAGCGAUCGCGUCGACCCUCUGCAGUCCCUCAGUGCAUAUAUCACAGAGUCUGGCAGGAAGCGCGACUUGCUGACGAACGUAUUUCAAUGCCACAUCCCAUCACUUGGUUUGCCAGCAACAAUUAUCACGCCUCGGACUACGGAUAUCCCGGUGGGGCAAUAUGUGAAUGUGAGAGUCAAGGACAUACAGGUCGGUUUGAAGGCGCUGUUCAUGGUGGAGCUAUGCGGUGGUGCAUAG